UUUGACAGUUCACUUUAAAAAUUUUGAAGUAACGUAUUUUGCUUCUGUAUUUGAAUCCAGAUUUUUCCUAGAAAUCGGAUCAGAUUCUAAAGUAUAGAACUGUCCAAGAAAAUGUCUUCGGCCGCUCAAAAAAGCAAAACUGCCAUCACUUUAAAGGGUUCUGCUGCAAUAGUCUGUGAUUAUUUGAAUUACGGUAUCAAUUCGAUAUUAUUCCAACGGGGAUUGUACCCUCCUGAGAACUUUAAGGCAGAGGAGAACUACGGGCUCACGAUUUUGAUGUCUACAGAUGACAAAAUAAAGCAGUUUUUGUCUACAACACUUGGUCAGCUCAAAGACUGGCUAAUUGAACGAACAGUUAACAAAAUAGCUGUGGUGAUUACAAAUGUAAAAACCUUGGAGGUAAUGGAACGUUGGGAUUUCAAAGUUGAAUAUGAAGGAGACACCAAUGACUCUGAACAAGUAUCCGAGAAGCCCCUUAAGCAAAUUAAGAACGAAAUCAGGGAUGUCCUGAAACAAAUAGCGUCUUCCGUGGCAUACCUCCCACUUCUAGACUGUUUGUGUAGCUUUGAUAUCCAAAUAUACACCAAGAGUGAUGUGAAGUUACCUGAAGAAUGGGCCGAAGCACAACCUGCUAAUAUUAAAAAUGCCCAAAGUGUGAAAAUGAGGUCAUUUACUACCAAUAUCCACAAAAUGGAGACUGUAGUUACGUAUAAAAACGAGGACUGAAUGUUUUAAUAUUGUUAGGUUUUUUAAGGAGUUUUAAGGCUUAUUUUUACCAAGACUAUUACUUGUAUUUUGAAGCUUAUUGUAUUUUUAGAAAGUUUUACUCAUAGUGGUGAAUAAAUUGUAGAAUUUUA